UUGAGUCUCCCAGGAGUCCGGGGGGCGUAGCUUCCUCCUCUCUCAGAGACCCAGGAAUCUGCAUCACCAGGCUGUUCCUCACCCAGGACCCAGAAGCCCAGCCUUCGCCCCAUGGAGCCCUGCCGGUCCCUGGCCCUGCUCACGAGCUCCCUGGGCCUGCUGUCUCUCUUGGUGGCUCUGAGCACGAAUUUCUGGUUUGUGGCCGAGGGGCCCAGCUCCUUGUCUCACUCGGGCCUCUGGCCAAGGGGGGAUCAGGGCUCAGUAAAAGGCUAUAUCCACGUGACACAGAGCUUCUGCAUUCUGGCUGCCCUUUGGGGCCUGAUCUCUGUGAGCUUUCUGAUCAUGUCCUGCAUCCCUUCACUGUCUGCCCCUGGACGCGGCCCCAUCGUCUCGACCUUCCUAGCCUUUGCCGCGGGUAAGGACUCCGGGCUGCGCUUGGGGCGCUGGGACCUGGUGAGUUUCUGCGGAGGGGCUGAGCCGUCUCUCUUGUCUCCGUCCCCAGCCCUCUCCCUGAUAGUGGCCAUGGUGGUCUACACUGUCGAGCGGUGGAAACAGCCUGGACACCCCCAGAUCCAGUCCUUCUUUUCCUGGUCCUUCUACCUGGGCUGGGUUUCAACUGUCCUCUUUCUCUGUGCAGGUGGCCUGAGUCUGGGAGCUCACUACGGGGCCCACCGGCCUGGCUAUGAGGCCAUGUGAACCACAGGAUGGCUUUGGCACUCCAUUCUCUGAAGGCAUCAUCAGGAACCACGAAAAUAGCUGGCUCUCCUCCCUGCCCUGACUCCCAGCGUCUGCAAGCUCUUUCCUUUGUGUCUUCAUUUAUUCAACAAAAAUUCGCUGGGAUCUGGUUAUUCCGAGGUUAAUGCUGCCACAGCAGGAGACGACGCUCCAGCUCCAGA